CGCACAGAUCGACCAACAAGCCUUGCGUUACAAAUCAUCGCGCGCCGUGGUUUCGUCACAAAGCAAAGGAACAGCGAAGCUAACUAGCCAUGGUGAAGACAACGACGAGCAAUGGCAGCGUGGGGGCGAAGCAGCACCUCGGAGGGCAUGGCAAUGGCGGCAAGAUGAGGACGUACAAGGGCGUGCGGAUGAGGAGCUGGGGCGCUUGGGUUUCUGAGAUCCGCGCGCCGGGGCAGAAGACCAGGAUAUGGCUCGGCUCCCACUCCACCGCCGAGGCGGCGGCGCGCGCCUACGACGCCGCGUUGCUCUGCCUCAAGGGUGCCUCCGCCGCCGCCGAGCUCAACUUCCCCGUGCGCUUUCCCUUCGACCUCCCGCCCGCCGCCAUGUCGCCCAAGUCCAUCCAGCGCGUCGCUGCCGCCGCCGCCGCCGGCAGUGCCAGCGCUCCUAUCGACUUCACCUGUGCCGGUGCCGGCAGUGCCAGCCACAGCGAUAGUGAUAAUGGCAUCGCCUCGGACUGUAGCUCCAGCAAUGCCUCCGCCGUGAGCUCCCCGGAGACGGCGGGCAGCUGCAGUGACACCGCCGACCUGGACGGCUACGACAUCGGAGGAGACCUCCCGGAUUACAGCGCACUCGCGGACAUCGACGCGUUCUUCCAGUCGCCCAAGUGCAUGGAGUACGCCAUGAUGGACCCGUGCAGCUCCUUUUUCGCGCCGGCGCCCAUGGAGAUGGAGGACGCGUGUGGCUGGGAGGAGGAAGGCCACAUUGCGCUCUGGAGCUUCUCCUCUCUCAACUGAACUCUCAAGUGGAGUCAGGGGAAGACGAAGCAACUGACAAAUCGUUAAUCAAAGCGAAGACCGGAACUGGUCACGCAUGGUGAUAACUAUACACAAUUUUAUACGUUAUAUACAUUAAUUUUAUUCGAUGUAC